AAUAGUUACCGUUAGAGAGGUUACAUUCCAGCCAUCAGCUGUCAGCAGUCUGAACUGUAAAUCAGGGUGUGUUCUCUUCUGUAUAAUAACAAACAAUAAUUUUAGCAGUUUAUGUUGCUGAUCAUCCAACGACAUCGAUGAAUGUGUGUUUUAUUCGUGCAACGUAAACAAAAUAACUCGUUAACGUGUUUCGUGUGUGCGUCGUUAUUACGUCAUGGCAGUGACAGUAAACAGUGCUAACAAGAAUGUUUCGAAAUACAUUAAAUAGUGAUUGAUGUAAGUUUUCAUAUGACGAUUGCCCUUAUGUAGUAAAAAACAGUAGCCAACUAUUGAGGCUUGUCGUAAAUCAGUUCGUUAGGCAAUGCGUCGCAUAAAAAGUAAAAGCAGGUUAAAGACCUGUUGUUACCGUCAGCAGUAGAUAAUAUGCCUCUUAAAUAUCGUGAGACAUAAUCGUAGAAGCAGAUGUAGCUGAGUAGAAAUUGUGCAUCCCACCAUCAGCACUUUAAGGAUGCUAUUUAGUUUACACCGGGAACAGACAAUGUAGCAGCCAAGUUGCAUUUUAAGCGUUUUGGACUUUAGCUUUAUAAUGUAAAUGACAUUUUUUGCCCUUGCGAGCACUUUGUGUGUAAAUGAUGACAGUAAUGAUCCCAGUGAUUCAAAUCUGAUGAUGGCAUAUAGGCCACCUCGUGAACUUAGAGGCAGAAUUGAAAAUAUCAGAAAAAAAUUUGAAGGUGGAACUGAAAUUUCUCUGCCUCCGGUGAAACCUCUUAGUCGGCCUGAUAUCUGCGCCAAGAAACAGCAGAAAACUGCUGGGAAAGAAGCAAUUUCAAAUCUGCACAUAAAAGACGGCGCAUCGCGUGAGUGGGUUGCGUCUCCUCAAGGUGGUGGAAAAAAUAGAGAGAAGUGGGAUCAGAGUAAUUCGUCCACGAAAUCACACAUCAGACGAACGCCAGCUUUUCGUUGUGACAAGAAUAUAGUAGCAAAAGACUUCUCAGGUGGCAGUGGUAAGGUAGACAAUGCUUUAUUCAAUACAAAAGUUAAAAUAUUCGAAGCAGAGCAGAAAGAAAACUUAAAUACAAACAAAUCAAAGGAAAUAUCCGUUCAUACUAGAAAUACAUGUUUUAACCCACCAAGAAAUACUUUUCGUAGUAGGGCUAAUGCUGUACAAUGUGUCAUUAAAACAAUAGCAGAACUGGAGAACAAAAAGAAUGGAGACGUCCUACUGCCAACUUCUAAUGGUAGGGAUCCAGUGACGCAGAGUUCAUCACAUGGUGUUAAAAAUCAGCAGAGAGAUAAAAAAACUGGGACUGUGUCUGUAGCAGAGCUUAAAAGACACAACCUUGAUGACAGCAUAAAGCAGCAAAAGAUAAACACAUACACACCAAAGCCCAAGCCAAAAUCAAUUGAUAUACAGUCAAAUUGUAAUUUACAGGGUAUCAGUAACACUAAGAAUACUAUUGAGCCUCUAUUUAGCCAAUAUGAAUGUGAAGAAGUUACAAAGCAGGUUGGUGAUACUGCAAGCGAGAGUAGCUGCAAAAAAGUGGAAGAGAAUACUGUUAAUAACACAUGUUUUAAAGGUGGUGUUCACAAAAGAAAUGCGUCAGACUUGAGCAAUAAUUGUGCACUUGAAUUAACAGACAGUUUGAGAGUCGCCUUGAAAUCACCACUUCCCCAAGGCCCUCCUCCAAAGAAGCCACCAAGAACUUUUGCUCAUUCUCCAGCAACAAAAAGUAAAGUUCAGGAGAAAGUCAUUCAGUUUAGUGCAACGAAGGAAAACAAUGCAUCUCGACCAGUCCCAAGCAAGCCACAGCGUUCUAGGACUGAGCCCCUUCUGAUGCUGAAGAAAUUAGAAGAUGCCCUUAUAACACACCAGCAGAAAGGUAUUGCUGUAAUUACCCCACGUGUGCCAUCAGCCAAUAGUACAGAUCAGGAUAGAGGGACCUCAGGUAGCCGUGCGUCUGUCGCCCAAUCACCAGCUGUCGUCCAGCCGCCACCAGUUGUGGCAGACACAUCAUCUGUGCUAAGCAACUGUCUCAGUUCUCUAAAUUGUGCAACAAACACCAAUCUCUUGUACUGUCAGACUCACUUCUAUGAGAAACCAGCUGAAAGACUGAGCAAAUUCUUUGUUGAUGUUGCCACAAACCGAAGAAAAUUGGACAGUGAACAUGGGCUGUAUGGUACAAUUCAGAAGUCAUACAGUGAGGAGCAUAUUUAUGCAGAACCAUUUUCAUGUAGUGAAGAUCAGACCAGGAAUGUUCAACAGGCUCAGAUGGACAAAUGUGCAACCCUUGGAAGGAAGCAGGCAAAACCAGUUAAAACCUUGUCAGCUUCUGCAGAACAUCUGAAUUCUAGUGACUCCCCAGCUUCCCAUGACACUCUACACUACAUGUGUACACCUAUUGCCACAGAUGUGCCACCUCCAGCAGUAUUUGAAGCCAUUAACAAAGACUUGCUGUCCCAGACCAUUAAAACUGGUGCUGGAUCACUAUCAAAACGGAACCGUGUUCUUGUUCAAGAGCAUAACACUGAAGAACUUCUUGUUAAAUUGGAGGAUACAGAGAGGGAUACAGUAGCGGGGAAAGGAGAAACUGGUACUUUCAGCCGAAAGCAACCCCUGCUUCGCCUAGCAACUAUUGUCAGAAACACUGCUAGUCCGACGCCUGCCAGCGUCAGCAACAUCCUACGGCCACCUGACAGAUUUAAGAUACAACUAGUUAUGAACCAGGCCUUUGGUUCUCCACUGCAAGGAGUUCCAACAACACCUGUUGAAGAUGAUGAUGGUGACCUAUUUGAAAAAGAGAUGCCACCCCUUGGCACAGUAAGCAGCAGCUCUGCUGAUAAUAAUGAUGAGAAAGGAGAACAUAGAUUAAAAAUUCCAACAGAAGAUCCUGAAGAAACCCCAUUGCCAAAUACGGAUUUAUCAAGACUGACAGAGGAACGAAAAGUAUAUGUGCGGCGAGUAUCAAGUCAUGUGUCACAAUUGACUCGGAGAGCUGCAAAUCGCUACAGAGACAGUCACUACACACAUCUCUUUGACUGUGCUCUGCUUAUUGGUCUCAACCUUGAUUGUGAGAAGAGGGUAAAGGUUCCUUAUAUCAAGUCCAAAUAUCCCCCUCAGGUUGAAGUACCACCUAUGCUGGAGCAUUUAUGUUUCCCUGAUGCUCUUGAGUGGCCCCCAGCACCAGCCUCUCAGAAUGAGGAUCAGAUGUACUCUUUGGUUAUUACAGCAGAGGAUGGAUCAAGAACAUUUGGCUACUGUCGACGUGUCAUGCCAGAGGGAGCACCAAUCUGUCUUCCACUUGCAUACUGCCUCCUCAGCACACACAGAGCACGUGGCUUCUUCUCUAAGGUGUUGCAGGAACUUGAGUCUCGUCAUGGCCAGCCAGAAUGGCUCCAAACGGCUUUUAUAAAGGAACUAUUUACCUGUGAGUUCCCUUUACCUGGACAGGGUUUGCGUUGCCACAGUACCGGUAAAGCAACAGAUACUGGAUUGGUCAGCACUGUAGCAUCAAAUCUUCGUCGGCCGGCAGAUACUCGCAUGGAAGAUCAUGAUCUUUGUCACCUUUUCUCAGCCCUGCCCAUUCAUAUUGUACUACAAGUGUUUGGAACUGCAUUGCUGGAGAGGAAGAUCAUUUUUCUCAGCAGCUCACUCAGUAAAUUAUCGGCGUGCAUUGAAGCACUGGAAGCAAUGUUGUAUCCCUUCUCAUGGCAGUACACUUUCAUAACAAUACUGCCAUCCUCAAAACUGGAAGUCUGUGAAGCUCCAACACCUUAUAUAAUAGGUGUUUUGAAAGGAAAAGAAGGGUCUAAACCAGAUAUAAAAAUGGAUGAGGGUGUCAUUGUGGAUCUGGAUGAAGGGCGAUUGUGCUGCAGUGUUGGAGAUGAAAGCACUAUUCUACCAACCCGACUGCGCCGCUGCUUAAAAGUGGCACUUCAGCUUGUAACAGCACAAGAAAGUGAUGCUUCACGCAAUGUACUUAUCUCUGAAGCAUUUCUUCGCAUGUUUGUUGAAGUCUGUGGACACUACCAAACAUAUAUUGUUACACAACAGGACGGCAGACGAAUGUUUGAGCGAGAGUCUUUCAUAAAAGCUGUCCAGUCACGAAGUGUACAGAUGUUUUUAGAAUGGUUCACAGAGACAGCGAUGUUCUCAGAGUUCAUUACUACACGUGUUGAACAACAGUCUGAGGCAAAAGGUAUGUUUGAACAGCGAGUAUCCGAACACAUUGAGGAAAUGGAAAAAAACACUGUACUGUUCCUUCGAAAUUACAAAGGAAUCAACAAGAAAGUAAAAACAUUUGUUGUAGACAUUGUGCAUGCCAUGGAAAAAUCAAACCUCACGAAAGAACAGCACAUGACUCUUCGCAGGGCAAGAAAAUUGAAAAAGUGGGAGACAAUGUCGAAGAAAAAGUGGGUGGAAGUUAGGAACACUUUUGAACCACCAACUUUCUCUCAAUAGCAACAAAAAGUCAUAGAUGAGCUUUACUGAAUUUCUGUGCAGCAUUAAAAAAAGAAAAAAAAAUCUGGCUUGCUGCGUGGUUGAAAAUCUUAGCUCCUGAAUUUUAUUUAUUUUCACCGUCAUGAGGACUGAUCACUUUUUAUGAACUGCAUUUCUCUUAGUGGUCCAUCAUAGCUCCUUUUACAAGGGAAUCCAUUCAUUCUUCAUUACUCUUUUCCCCUAAGUUGCGGUUCCUGUCAAAGUACAUAAUUUUUUGUGCAUCUGCUUUACUUGUUAGCCACUUCAUUUCUUCAUGUAGCUUAUAAAAUACACUACAGCAGUCAGUCAGAUCUGCCAUCAGGGGAUAGUCUGUUAGACUUAGCUCCUCUUAAAGACUGCUCAUACAUGGUUAAAAAUCGAGCAGAAGAGACAAGGAAUUAUCUUGCAUAUCCAAGAGAGAAAGAUGUGGUGGUCAUUUUGCCUUAUCGUAUAGGCGAGACAUUUGCUCAUGUCUGCUACUUGAAAGUAAUUUACUCCCACAUAAAGUAAUAUAGAGUGCUAGAAAUACUCAACAAUUUUUAUGUUCAUAUAUAAAAUAAGGAAAAGGCAACCACUCACCUAUUGCAGAUUGGUGCGUGGACCACGGUAAUACGUAACAGAAAACAGCAUUCACACUAGCUUUUGAGCACUAGUCCUUUUUCCAGCAGUAGUACACACACUCACACAGACAUCCAAAUGCACAUUACUGAGACCACGACAAAUCUUUUCAUGGCCACAGAAGUGUGCAUUUGGGAGCCUUCAUGGUUGUGUGUGAGAAUGUGUGUACUAUUACUGGAAAAAGAGCUAGUGCUUGAAAGCUAUAGAGGAUACUGUUUUCUGUUGUGUGUUACUGUAUUCCAUACAUCAAUCUAUUGUAGGAAGGUGGUUUCCAGGCCAUUAUUUUAUGUAUUGGUCCAUCCAGGAAUGUCCAUUAUUGUUAAAAUAUUUUUAUUCGUGUACUCUACCUAUUGCACAUUAUUCAUGUACUCUACCUAUUGCACAUACAGAAACCAUAAGUAAAGUUCCCUAGCAUAUCUCUCUUAUUUCCGACUGUAUUAAAAUGCUCAGCAUAUUUUUACAGCAUAUAUUCUUAAACUGAGGAAGGCAUACAUGGACUAGAAUUUAUGCCUUUUUUUAUGUGUGAAGGUUAUCACUGAAAUGAAUAUCAAACUGUGGAAAAUUAAGGAUGGAAUAACAACAGUAUUACGGAAGGAUAAAUUGCUAUGCAUCAUAUAGAGAAGAUGUUGAGUCACAAACAGGCACAACAAAAAGGAGGACUUUUUUCUCCAAAAGUUUAAAUGUAUAGCAGUCCUUUUGUUGUGCCAGUCUGUGGCUCCCUGUCUUGUCUACGUGGUGAGUAGCAGUCUGUCUUUUUCAUAAUAUUUACAUGAAUAUCCAAUAUUUAAAAAGUAUAUUGAAUAUUACAUAUUUCAAUGCUGCAGAAGUACUAAAGAAAUAGCAUAUUUUAAUUUUUAAGUGCCUGAGACAACUCCUAUGCAUACAUCUGUCAGUGGUUUUUCUGUAUUGUAAUUGAGAUUGGAGGUUCUCAUUUUCAUAUGAUUUCUAAUUUUUCCCUUGUGUCUAAACACAGUUGUGGAAGAUUGUCUAUUUUUUGUGUACUGUCCAGUCUUCCCUAAAGACUGUGGUUUCUGAUACGAUAGUGUAUUAUGCAGAUCAAAAUGCAACUAAUUUGUUAAAUUUAGUUUUGAUUUUAGUAAAUUAUUCAUUAAUGCUCGUAUAACAUGUACAAUGUCAGAAAAAGUUUAUAUUUUGUAGGAGUAUUGUACACCCAAUUAUGGUAGUUGCAACAGUUUUACAAAAUGAUGUACAGAAUUUAAAUUAAGCAAAAAAUAUGUGUGAGUAAACAAACAAAGUUUGCAUGUGUACUGUAGUGAACUGUGUAAUUGUCUGUCUACCUUUAUUCUUGAUCUUCCUAUCUCUCCCCCCUCCCCCCCCCCCCCCAUUUUUUUCAUGAAACAUUUUUAUUAAUGGUAGUCCAAUGCAUAUCUCCAAUUUCGCUUAUCAUAUUGUAGAUUUUAUUUAAGUUAUUUUCAUUUAGUAAUCUUACUUCCAAAUGUGAGUGGCACUUUGAAAAUUUUAUUCACGGCUAACCUACAAAUAAAAUCAAGCAAAAUUUAAGAACAUCCCAUCAACUGCAAUAUAUUGGUGAAUUAGAUACACCACCAUAAGGGUUUCAUAAUUGGGUUACAAAUUAUAGUGCAUAAAUGACUGGAGGUAAAAUAAUCAUCAUCCCAGGCAUCUCUGUUUCAUCAAAAUUGUGUAGCUGUUGCCUUUAGCAUUGCAUUGUAACACUAUGUCUCUCUCUCUCUCUCUCUCUCUCUCUCUCUCUCUCUCUCUCUCUCUCUCAUCAACAGUAACACAUCAAACGUGAAACCACAGAAAAAUGUUGAGUUGCAUUAUAGGGAAAAAUAAAAUGCCAACUAUGUACAAGCAGCAAUUUUUUCCCUCAUUUCCAAAGAAUAUAACAUCAGACUAGUAAGAGCCAAGCAGCAUGGCGUUGACAAAAUUUUCGUUGUGCUCCCUCACUUUAUGCGUGCGCGCCCACACACACGCACACACACACACACACACACACACACACACACACACACACACACACACGUGCACUGCAAAUACAUUAUAGUACUAUGAGCUACAUUCUCUGGUGUUUGAAGUUAUCACUGUAAAAGCUCAGGAUUGUAUUUUUCAAAUAUGCAUGAUUCAUUUGUAGUAGUGAUUGUAACAGAGCAAUAUAUAUAUAUAUAUAUAUUCUUUCAGCUUACAUAAUUAUUUUCAUGCAUUCAGUUUGGUGUACUGUUGUAAUUUCCAUUAUAUUGUCAGUAUGAUAAUGUGACCUAUUGUAUUUCUUUUAUUGAUACAUCACUGUGAUUGUUUCCUGGAAUAUUUACAUGUUUAUGUAACAUGUUUGUCAUCGUAAUUAAUUACAUUGGUUUCAUACCAAAUGGGAAUAAAUACAGUGCUCCCUUAUUGGCAUGCAAGGUGAUAGCAGGUGUGCAGAGACAAAGAAUCUAGAGCUUUUGAAACAAGGUUCCUCUAGCAUAGACAGGAAGAAUAACUAUAAAACUAAUGUGUUAUGAGAGACCAGAUGGGACGGUCACAUAGGUCCGUGAAGCAAGAGAGGCAUCGCCGCAUAAAGUGGAGUGGAAUUUAAUACAGAUUCGUUAUUUCAGUCCUUUUGUAUAUGAUGAGCUACAAUAAGUGUAGGUCUGCUGUCACCUUCUGCACCAGUAAGUAGACAUUGUCCUCUCAUCAUUUAAUUUUAAGUUUUAUUUUUGACUACCUUUUCCAGAACAGAUAUUUGUUGUAAAUAAUACUGUAGAAAUACUUAGCAACAAAAUUUUCUGUUUAAAUACAGGCAUUAUAUGUUGCAAUUUUCUCUUUGAAAAGAGGUUGUCUUUGAACAGCUUUCAUAAAUGUAAGAUUAUUUUGCUUUUUACUUCCAACAGUGUCAGAGAGAGACUGAAAACAUAGACAUGUAUUCAUACUCACCAGUGCCUUAUUUUUUGUGGAUUUUAAAUAUUAUAAUACUAAUGUGAAUACUGUGAUUGAAAAUUCUUAAAUGUAGAAUAUUUUUCUUUAAAAGAGAAUUAAAAAUAAUUCUUUGUACAAAUGUAAUCAAAGCUUUAAACAGAAAACACAGUAUUUUUGUUGCUGCAUACAACAUUGUAUUAUUGUAAAGUAACAUUGUGAUUUAUGUUAUGGGGCAUUA